ACCUAGCUUGAUAGCCUAGCUAGCUAACUCUCUAGCGUAUAGUCAAGUUGCCGUAGGCCUACAAUCUCUAAAUAGCAUAGCUUGCUUCACUUCUAAUAACCAUGACGCUACAAGAAUGCUCGGCGCGCAGCAGCAUCGCAUCCGGUUUUCAGACAGCGUCGAGCCAGGGGCCUUGGUUUUUCCUUUGUCAGGAACUGCAUUUCUGAUUGUCAACCCACAAGAACUUCCAGAAGGGCUAGAAGAAUCAGAUGUUUUUGACAGGAUUAAGAAGUUUGUGCAGGUCCACCGCAACAGUUUCCUUCUUCUGCAAGCCUCUUUUUAUGGGAAGAAGGAAUUGGAAGCCUUAUCAGUGAUUCAACAAAGAUUCCUUGGCAGCAGUCUCCGUGUCCUGCCUGUUCGUAGCCAUGCCGACGCAGUCAAGGGAAUGCUCACCAUCGCUAAGGCGACCAGUAAGCCGUAUGUGGAGAGAGUGAGGGAGAUGAUGUCUCAGGCCCGGGCACACAUCAUAGAGAGCAGCCCAGUGUGGGAAAUGCUCCGAGACCGAAUGCUCUGGUGAGCAGCAGGCUUGUGGUCGCAGGAACCACGUAGGUGUCAAGACCCUCGACCAUACAAACCUGUUUCUGUUUGAUGUUAAGGUCUCUUUAGAUGGCGAGGCAGAGAUCAGUUGUGUGUUCCAAGAAGGCAGUGCUGAGAAUUGUCGUUGAUGAUGGACAAUAAAGAAAGCGCUUUGUGAGGAUUUGGU